CAUUAAGGAGAAGGGACAAUUUGGGGACAUGGAUUUGCCAGACCUUCCUUGAAGUAAGCAAUAGCUCUGCACCCCACCCCCACCCCUUCCCAGGGAGAGAGGGAGAGAGAGAGAGAGAGAGAGAGAGAGAGAGAGAGAGAGAGAGGAGAACGAGGGGUAUAGAGAUUACAUACUGCGGGACAGGAGUUCCGGAGCCCCCGGCCGCUUUGUAAAAAGGACCAGGGCUGUGGUUACGAACACCGUCGCCUCAUGUCUCCCCAGAAGGAACUUUUAAUUUCUGAAUAUUGGAACACUACAUUGCGUUCGGAUUGAACACACAUAUCGGAAUCACCCUGUCCUUCAAUACACGGCUCUUCUUCAAACCUGGAGUAAAGCAGGGCAGAUACUCCGGAAUGGAGAAGAUUUCUAGCCAGUUGUCAGUAGUAAACGACACCGCCUCUUCUCCAACCUCUAAACAGGAACUGCAACCUUACAGCCAGCCUGACCAUCCCGGCUCCGGCAACCUGAAGACCAACUCUGUCGGAGAGGCUGUCCUGUACGGGCUUCCCAUUGUAUCUCUGGUGAUUGACGGUCAGGAGAGACUGUGUCUGGCCCAGAUCUCCAACACGCUGCUGAAGAACUACAGCUACAACGAGAUCCACAACAGAAGAGUGGCUCUGGGGAUCACCUGCGUCCAGUGCACACCCGUGCAGCUGGAGAUCUUGCGCCGAGCCGGGGCGAUGCCGAUCUCCUCUAGAAGAUGCGGCAUGAUCACCAAACGGGAGGCGGAAAGGCUCUGCAAGUCUUUCCUAGGGGAGCACACGCCUCCCAAACUACCCGAGAACUUUGCUUUCGAUGUAUCCCACGCGUGUGCCUGGGGUUGUCGCGGUAACUUCAUCCCAGCGAGGUAUAACAGCUCUCGAGCCAAGUGCAUUAAAUGCAGUUAUUGCAAUAUGUACUUUUCUCCAAAUAAAUUCAUCUUCCAUUCUCACAGAGUCCCGGAUGCUAAGUAUACCCAACCAGACGCAGCUAACUUCAACUCCUGGCGGAGACACCUCAAACUUACAGACAAGGCACCGAGUGACUACUUGGCGCAUGCUUGGGAGGAUGUCAAGGCAAUGUUCAAUGGGGGAAGUCGCAAAAGGACCCUCCCGAACCCCGGAUCCGGAGGGUCGCCUGCCCUGAAGGCCCACGGACCCAGCGCCAUCCCGCCGAGGAGUUCGGAAAUUCCUCAUAAAGCCAUGAGGUGCGAGGAGGAAGGAAGAGGUUUGAACCUCGGGAACAACGUUAGGAGUUACCCCGUCAUUCCGGUGCCCAGCAAGGGUUUCGGCAUGUUGCAGAAGAUCCCACCUCCCAUGUUCCCGCAUCCCUACGGAUUCCCAACUUUUGGCUUGUGCCAGAAGAAAGACGACGCCAAUGUAAUGGGAGAGAAGGCGCAGGGGAGUCUCCCUGGGAUGUUCUGGUCGGGUAACAAGGACACUGUCUACCCCUCCUUCCCCAUGUUCUGGCCGGCGGCCGGCACUCUGCCCGUGCCUCCAUACCCACAGGCUCAGACUAAAGUCACCGACAACCCAAACGGUCGGCAGAACGAGAUCGACGCGUCGGAGCAAAGUGACCGAAGUAGCAAUACACCCAAGGACAGCCUUGCGGACAGCGAGAGGUGUUCGAGCACCCACUCCAGGAACGAGGAGGAGAGGUCGGGAGAUGAGGCCAGGUCCAUAGAAGGAGUUUCCCUAACACCACGGAAACUCAACUACAUCUCAGCCUUCCGGCCGGUGGUGAAAGACGCGGAGAGCAUCGCCAAACUCUAUGGCAACAGGGAAGUGUAUAACGGCGCCAGGCCUGGUUACAUGUCCCCGGAUUUUAUGAGCGAGACCUCGAGCUACAGGUCGGUGUCCCCGGACAUGGACAGCGGCGGAGAAGAGCCGGAGGUGGACGUGGAGUCGAACCGAUGUCCAGAGGAUGAAGCUUCGCCAACUGUCCAAGAGACAGAAAUUCCACUCCAGGAAACUCCCACUAACCCAGAACCCGCUCACGACAUGUCCCAUACAGAGGCCCUGGGAACGCCUUAUACCGAUCAAGGAUCUGAAGAUUCCAGACACGUCGAACAAAGUGUGGAAGAGAAAAGCCACGAGGUGUUCCCGCACGAACAGGAGGGUCACUUGCACAACGUGAAAAAUCCUGCCACGGUGGCUCUCGCUCCCAUUUACAUCUGCAGCACAGACGCAGCCGAGCAAGUUAAGGAAGACAAUCAGUGCUCGGCGGAGGACUCGGAGUCCAGGAAGUCCUUACAGGAGCAGGGCAGCGUCUCCCAGGAAACCUCUGGCAGUACCGAGCGGGGUGAAGAUGGGAUUACACUGGAGAGCUCGCCAACACAACUGGUGGAAAAAGACAUCGAAAAUAUGGGCAAAGAGGAACUUCAAAAACUACUCUUGGAACAAAUGGAUCUUAGGAAGAAAUUAGAGCGGGAAUUUCAGAGCUUGAAAGAUAGUUUUCAGGAUCAAAUGAAGAGGGAAUUGGCUUACAGAGAGGAAAUGGUUCAACAACUCCAAAUCGUUCGAGACACGCUCUGUAAUGAGCUGGAUCAGGAGAGAAAGGCGCGGUACGCGAUUCAGCAGAAACUGAAAGAAGCGCACGACGCUCUUCACCAUUUCUCCUGCAAGAUGCUGACCCCAAGACACUGCACUGGAAACUGUUCCUUCAAAUCUCCUCUGCUCCCGCAGUGACACAGCAGCCGUUUACACACCGAUUAAAGCGACGUUAUAAUAUAAUAUCAUAAGUACUGUAAAUAAUAAAGAAGUUUUUAAUAUAAAGGUGCAAACCAGGACACAUAGAAGCUGAGGGUACGCACACCACCGACAUCCGAGAGAGGCGCAGGGUAUCUGUACCUGUCGAUGGAGAUUGUGAAUAUAAAUCCAAGGACUCUGGGCACGAAAUUUUCUAUAUAAAGAAUGAAUCGAUGACCUCGGGGUCACCGUCACACACUCAACCUGUUUGGCUUUUAAUGUCCACUUAUUUUAAAAAAUAUUGUUCAUAAGGAAUAAGUGGUUAUGUGCAAUUUAUCUUUAUGUAAUGUGAUUUCGUUCGUAAAGUAUUUAAUGGUUGUAAUUUAUUGAUUUAUUUAUUAUUUAUUUGCGUUUCUCUUCCCAAAAUCUAUGGGAAAAACAAAACUAUCUUUGUAUAUUGUCGAUGUUAUUACAAGAGCA